AUGAUGGAGCCAGCUGGCGAUGCAUGUUGUGGGGCCACUGCUCGAGCUCUGGAUAUGUUCAAUCGUCGUGGUUCGGUGAUUGCCGUCGUGAUAGGAGGUAACACGCCCGAAUUGGUCUCGUCGUGUUCCGCUUCUUCAUCAACGGUUAUCACAGAUCAUCCAUCCUCUAAUUCAGACAUGGAAGCGUUAAGCUCCGCUGAUCCACAAAGUGAUUGGCGGCCACCGUAUCCUCGUCUAAUUGCAUUCCAUGACUGCCUUUCACUUGCUUCUGCUUGGUCACUUGGUCUCAACCCGUCACUGCUCGAUGACAGACCCACUGGUAUGUUUACUGGAGCUUAG